AUGGUCUAUUUUGGUCUAAGAGGAAGAAGCCUCAAUAUCGUGAUCAGUGUGGUCGCUGCAACUGCCUUCGCGUUGCAGGGCUAUGAUCAGUCUGUCAUGAACGGUCUAGUAACUCUGCCAACAUUCCUGGACCGAUUCCCCGAUAUGAAGCAACUAAUUUGCUCGCGACAAUUAGGCACGGUCGUAGCAAUCUAUGAAGUUGGAUGUGCACUCGGUGCUUUCUCCUGCGCUUUCCUCGGAGACAUCCUCGGUCGUCGCCGUACCAUUUUCACGGCAGGCUGUACUGCAUUGGUCGGAAUUAUUCUGCAGGCAACUCCCUUUAGUCUGGGACAGCUGAUUGUAGCUCGAAUCAUCACUGGACUCGGUGUUGGUGCCCUCACUGCGACCAUCCCCAUGUGGGUGUCUGAAUGUUCUGAUGCCAGCAACCGUGGUCGCCGGGUCCUGCUCCAAGGAUUCUUUGCUAUCGGUGGUCUCACGCUGGCUAGCUGGAUCGAAUUUGGCCUCUAUUUCAUCAAGGAUAGCGAGGUCAAUUUCCGUUUCCCGAUUGCCUUCCAGGGCUUCUUUGUCUUGAUCUUCACCUCAACUGUCCUGUUCCUGCCCGAGUCGCCACGUUGGCUGGUCAAGAAAGACCGAGUCGAAGACGCCAAUGCUGUCAUGUGUGCUCUGGAAGAUAUGCCCGAAGACUCAGAGGUUGUCAACAUGGAGAUGCAGAUAAUCCAGGAAACUUUCCAGGAGGAGCGACGCGAUUCCAGUUCUAUCUUCCACAUGAGCCCAGAACGCCAAUUCCACCGUGCUUGUCUUGCCAUUGCUGCCGCCGUUUUGGCCCAAAUGACUGGUAUCAACAUUGUUACGUUCUAUUCAACGCAGAUCUUCGAGACUCAGCUGAAGUACAGUGCUAUCGAUGCACGAAUUUUCUCCGGCUGCAUUCAGAUUUGGCAAUUCAUUUCCGCUGGUAUUGCAGUGCUACUGAUCGACCGAUUCGGACGACGAAAGCUCUUGAUGGCAGGAGCACUGGGAAUGACCAUUGCCCAGGCGGCCCUAUGCGGGCUGAACUCGGACCUCACUAACCCUGCGGCGGGCAAGGCAGCUAUCUUCUUCUUCUUCUGGGCCAUGUUCUGGUUCCCCGUCGGCCAUCUUCUCAUCCCAUUCAUGUACGCGGCUGAGAUCGCACCUCUCUCCAUUCGUCACAAGGUCACUGCUAUCAGUGCAUGCUCCAACUGGCUGUUCAACUUCUUGAUUGCCGAAGUUACUCCCCACGCCAUGAAGAACAUUGGCUGGAGGUACUACAUCGUCUAUACUUGUAUCAGUGCCUUUGCUUUCGUGGUCCACUAUUACUUCUUCCCCGAGACGAAGGGCCGCACCCUCGAAGAGAUUGAUGAGAUCUUCAUUCGAUCCAAGUCAAUCUUUGACCCCGUUCGUGUAGAGAAGGCCUUGCCUCACGGUGGUCUCGUUGGAAUGGAGCGUCUCCAAGACGAAGAGAAGCACGCUGCUGUUCAUGCCGAGAAUGUUUAG